AUGCUCCAUGGAAUUGAGCCAUCUUCUUAUGAAUGCAUUGAAAAAGUUGAUGACAUAGUUGGUAGUUUGCAUUCAUUAUUGGAGGAGUAUGAAGUGGAAAAUGAGGCAUGUACACCAGAUGAUGAGUCUAUGAUGACCACAAUGAAAGCUCCUGCAAUCAUGAGUGUAUUUCAGAACAUUGUAGCUCAGCAAAUGCCUGCAACAGCUAGACUUCAAGGUGAAAUAGAGCAGCACUUGACUGAUGGUUUAGUGCCUUACGUUGAAAAGUUCAAUGUGCUGGAUUGGUGGAAGGUGGCUGGAACAAGGUAUCCGACCUUAAGGAAAGUAGCAAGAGACAUAUUUGCUAUUCCCGUAACAACAGUUGCUUCAGAGUCAGCCUUUAGUAUAAGUGGCAGAAAGCUCAAUGAUCAUAGAAGCCGACUUACACCUUAUAUGGUGGAGGUUUUAAUGUGCUCGCAAGAUUGGCUUCGAAACAAGUACAAAGAUGCUCACACAACAGAAACUAGCUUCUGGACUUGUCUUCAAGAUAUUCAAGAAGGGAUGCAGGAAUUGAUGCUUUGA